UUUUUUUUUUUUUUUGAUGCUACUUGUUUUUUUCCUUUCUCUGCGCACACAGACCGAUGUUUGGAGACCAGUGAUGUGUCAUCGGAAACAAAAGCGGGAACAAAUGCGUAAAUGAAGCGCGGUUCAGACCCAGUGGCUCCAGCGAGGUGGUUUUGGUGAAAAAAUAAGAGACAAGGAUGAAAUCCAGGAGUCAGGAUCAGAGUCUGUCUGACUCCAGAGAGCUGGACCGGUCCUACGACCCGCUCACAGGUAAUCCUCGUUCCAAACCCAACAAAAAGACAAUUAAACAACGCUUCCUCAAACUGCUGCCAUGCUAUCACUCCGGCUCCAGCCCUUCAAUUAAUCAAACAGGAAGUAUAACCGAUGAGGGGGAGCUAUCCACAGUCUGUUACAGACCCGAGGGGCUUGACAAUCUUGUCCAGCAGACCAAAUUCAGCAAAAAGGAGCUGCAGGUUCUCUACCGAGGAUUCAAAAAUGAGUGCCCCAGCGGUGUUGUGAAUGAAGACACGUUUAAAACUAUCUACUCCCAGUUCUUCCCUCUGGGAGAUUCAAGUAUGUACGCACAUUUCCUGUUUGAAGCCUUUGACACCCACAACAACGGACUGGUUAGCUUUGAAGACUUUGCAGUAAGUCUGUCCAUCAUCUUAAGAGGAUCCAUUACUGAUAAACUCAAUUGGGCCUUCAAUCUGUACGAUCUGAACAAGGACGGCUGCAUAACCAAAGAGGAGAUGACAGAUAUAAUGCACUCCAUCUAUAACAUGAUGGGGAAGCAUACAUACCCCAGCAUAAAGGAAAGCGCUCCAAAGGAACAUGUCGACAUCUUCUUCCAGAAAAUGGACAAGAAUAAAGACGGAGUGGUCACCAUUGAGGAAUUCUUGGAGACAUGCCAAAAGGACCAGAACAUCAUGCAGUCCAUGAACUUGUUUGAUAAUGUGAUUUAAAUGCUGACAGAUCAGAAUUAUCCUGCCCGUUAUGAGCUGUCAGUAAACAACAGUACCCCGCCUGAGUGGGGUUGGUGUUUCUGUUCCUGCAUCAAUGACCAGAGGGGGAUCCACUGCAAAGCCACUUCUUAGGAAACUACACUGAAGAGACUGAGUAGAAUGGGCUGGGUUUUAAAAUGUGAAAAUUACACAGUUAAAUUAGGAAUACCUUAAAAAGUUUGCUCUGACGAGACGAAGAAACGGACUGUGAUGUGUAACCUCUAAAUGCCUCUGCUAGGCGAACUAAAAGAAAAUCCUAGAUAUAAUCCUGAAGCAGCUCUGGUUUCUUCAUCUUCGCUCAUAGAAAAUAUGAGAACAUGUUUCUGUUUGCGCAUAUUCUACAUUAGAAAUAAAAACUGAAUGUACAGACACACCUUUGAACAAUGCAAUUGUGCUCAAAAUGUAAAUGGUUGGAAACUUUCUGCACUCACUGUCUGACUGGAGAUGUCUGUAAGCAUGCAAAGAAGCAAUAAUCUUACAAUAACCUUUGUAUCCUUACAAAACUUACCGUUCACAUUAACUUUAAAUGAAGAUUGUGUCUGCAUGAAAUGUGUUUUUACCAGCCACUGAAAUGUUCACUCAAAGUGUUUUUUAAAUGGAGAUGGGUACAUGAAUGAUGAGGUUGUUGAAUAAAAUG